GUGAGCCAGUCGCGCGCAUAGACACACUAAGCAUGUCCGAGGUUUGUGUGCGCGCGCGCGUGCUUAGAGAAGGUGCGUGACGUACGAAAUUAUGACGCAGCCGUAAAUGCGGACGCCGCCGCCCACAUGUGUGACUGGAUGUACGGACUGUAAAGUUUGGCAGGUUGACAUGUCCGCUAAAAUCCCACCUGGUUUGUUAAACACUGAGAAGUGACACACCGGAUCAUUUCCUGACUCCAGUCAGCAGUUUGACUCCACCGUGUCUGAGACAGGAACACACACACACACACACGGGGAGGAACAUGCUGCAGUUAGCGACAACGUUCGACGUUAACAGAGACGUUGUUCCGGGACUUUUAGCGAAAGAGGACAUAGUUAGGAGCUGCAGAGAGAAUGUGCUGGUUGCUGACACUCAAAUCCUCAACUUUGAGAGGGAUGAAGGUGUUGUGUAUUGCUGGAGAGGAGCCACAGGGAACACUAGAAUUGGCAAAUAUGACCCUUAUACCAAACAAAAUAAGCUGCUGUAUACUUUUGACAAGCAAGUGUGCAUUAACAGUUGCUCUCUAAAUAAAGAAGAAACACUGCUGGUGGUCAGUCUGACACGGUCAGUGCAGGGAGGAGAGGAUUUUAAACCAGUUUCAAAAUACUUGACUCUUCUUAUUGAAAUACAUCCCAUUAACAACACUAAGGUUAUAAAAGCUGUGGAUUGCAAGGUCAAAGUUCAGUUUCUGUAUCCUCACAUGGCAAAGAGCGCUGAAGUGCUGGAAAGUCAUUUAUUGGUGGCAGCAGAAGAUGGAUAUAUUGACCACUACCACAUACAACUGAGGAGGCAGGAAGGCUAUAAAGUUGUGAUCUCUGAGCAUCUGGUGAAAGACAGAGUGACAGAUGAGUUCUGCUGGGUUCAGUGGGAUUCAGACACUCAGAGACUCUUCUUCCUCACAAGCAGGGAGAAAUAUGUUCUCAAGUGUGUCCAGUUUUACUCUGAUGACAGUUUUGAGACCCUGUUUGAACUCCCCUUGGAGCUACCUAUUAAUCCUUUCACGUCUGUGAUGUUUAUUAAUUUUGGAUAUGAUCACUACCAAGAGCGGGAAAGUGAGGGAAUGAAACUGAGGGUAUUUACAGAGAGAACUGGGAUCAUGUGUGUGUGCUAUAGCCAUCCUCAGUGUGGUGUUGAGGAUUACACAUAUACUAUUGCAUUUGUACACAGCGGUUUCAGUAAGACAUUUACUGUAGCACUUGAGCCAGGCAGCAUGCCAAACAUCCAGCCAAUCUUCAUCUUUUUGGGUCACUAUGUUGUUGUUUAUCUGCCUGGCAAUUUCCUUCAUCUGAUCAACUGCAGGCAGCAGGACCUGCUCUGCCACAGUCUCUUUCUGUCAGGUGCUGAUGCCCAUGUGGAUCUAUUGGGAGUUAACAGUGGUUUAAUGAGCGUUUCCAGUCACAAGCUGCUGGAUGGGUGGAUGGGCAGGAUAUACACCAUUAGCCUCAGCCAUGAUUUUUUGCUCCAGCUGCUUAGCCCUAACCGGCCCGAGGCACAACGUCUUGCAUCACUGCACUGUCUGCUGGUCCACAUUGGACCUGACCAGGACCUAGAAAAGAAGAUCAUCUAUUGGAUUAGUGAAAACAUGAUGAGCUUUAGUGCUUUUGAUCAGAUUCAGGAGUUUUUUCUGGGUUCUCUGUACAAGACAUGCUGUCACCACUCUCUCAGUCUGAACAAAGUGCUUCCAUAUUCAUCUGUGUUUGAGAAGAAGGACCUCCCUGUAGCGCUGACUGCCAUUCCUGGUGUGAAGUGCACACCCGAGCUGCUCACUCAGCCAGUAAUUAAAAGGAAGGCCAGGAGUCUGCAGGGCUACUGGAAUGAGUUACAGUGGAUUAUUGAACGGACAAAAUAUUUUGAGACCGUGCCUAACCCAAGGUACCGUUUCUCCCAGAUCAAGAAUGACUGGACCAAAUUACAAGCAGCACUGAACUCAGAGAAAAAGAAAGCACCUAACUGCUUGCAACAACUUGAGGAAAACACCAAAAAAGUUCUGUCUAUGGUUGAUACAUGGCAUUUGGAUAAGCGAGCUGUUCCUCUGUUUCAGGAGGUGGACCAGCCCCAGAGGGCACUAGUGGGUCUGACAGUGGAUAAGCUCAGAGGACAUCUGAACAAACAUCUGCCACAGCUGGGGAGGAAAAAGAUUGAAAAUCUGGUGGUGAACUACAUGGCCAAGUUGCUGGAGCUCAUCAGACACAUGUUGGAGACUCUGUGGCUGAAGCUGGACUUGGGUCGCACUGUGCUUAGCCUUAAACAGCAAGGUAGCUCGGAGGAACAGACAAUAUUUCAUACGAUGUGUCGGAUUCUGGAAGCAGCUGAAGGACUUUGUCUUCCCCUCCCUCCUGGUUACGCUACACUUUUAAGUAUGCUUGGUGUACGCUGUCUGCCUCGUCACACCUUCUUACUGUAUGCGGACCAUGGUAUUCUACAACUCACUGAGGCUUUUGUGUCACUCCUUAUGACAGACCUAGAUAACAGUAAUAGCAGUGAAGAACUGAAGUUCAGUGUUCUGAAAAGACUUCCUGAGCGCCUGGCCCCGAGAGUGUGUCAGCUUUGGGAUCAUCCUAUCAGCUCAGCAUGCAUCACCAGACAGUGUGUGAGAAGACUACUAGAGAAAUACAUCAAGACCAAAGCAUCUGUGCAGUUGGACAGAGAAAAACUGUGCUCGCGUCCUGAGUUUCUGCCACUAAAUUACCUUGUUGCUAUUCUCUUAGACAUGGAAGAGCAAGGUAUGCAAGCUACAAAUCCCUUUGAGGAGCAGGAGAAAGUGGAUGCCAGUUUUGUGGAGGAAAUCGCACUAAAACAAACACUGAUCAAGCUGGGUUUUGAGGGCAAGUGAACAGAAGUGAAGUGGAGGAAUAACAACCUGAAAACUAUUGAUAUCUAUCACAGCAUGCAUGUGUAGCACAUAUGCUGCAUAGUAAUAAACACUGUUUAUUAUCUAUUACAUUUAUUUGAGAAGCACAAACCCUCACACACACAUGCAUGCAACCCCACUCCUUGCUGAUUUUGAUUAAAGAUGUUAUGUAGGUGGAAAUCUGUACCAGCUGCUUGAUCUUUCUAAAGAGAGGGUUUUAAGAUUUUUUAAUUAAAUAGGUGAAAUAGUCUAAAGGGAUUUAACAUGUUUACAUGCCAGUUUGUGUACACAAAUGUGUACAAAAGUAUUUGGCCAAACCUGUUGAUUAUUGAAUUCAGGUGUUUCAAUCGGCAGACCCCAGUAAAGGGCAAUCUUAAUAUUUCAGCAUACCAAGAUGUCUUGGACAAUGCUAUGCUUCUUAUUUGAUGGAAACAGUUUGGGUAAAGCCCUUUUCUAUUCCAACAUGACAGUGUCCUAGUGCACAAAGCAAGGACUAUAAAGUCAUGGUUUGAUGAGGUCAGAGUGGAAGAACUUGCAGCAUAGAUGCCUGACCUCAACCCCAUCAAGCACCUUUGGGAUGUACUGGAACGGAGAUUGCGCGUCAGGCCUUCUCGUCCAGCAUCAGUGUCUGACCCCAUAAAUGCUCUACAGAAUAAAUGGGCAUGACUUCCCUCAGAAACACUCCCAACAUCUUGUGGACAGCCUUCCAAGAAGAGUGACAAGCUGUUAUAGCUACAAAUAUAUAUAGAUCUUACCUUUUAAAGGUUUGGACACUGAUUUUUAUACCAUGGUCUUUGCUGAUUUUUAUUACUUUCUACACUGUAAAACAAUGCUAAAGGUGUCCAAAAUAUUCAAUAAUCCCCUGUGAAAGAGUCAAUGUUGAGUUAUAAUCUGUAAAGCCUUCAUAAUGGCUCUAAUCUGAGGUGCUGUUAAUUGGUGAUUUUGAAGCUGGUAACUCUAAAUGAACUUCUCCUAUGCGGCAGAGCUAAAUUUCAAUCUUUUCAGGGAUAGUCUUUAUGAGCCAGAUUCAUCACAAUGUUUUAUGAGUGUUGCAAAUGCACUUGACAAAACUGUUCUUGCAGUGUAUGAACUAUCCAGAACAACUUACCUUUAUCUUUCCAAAUAAAAAUUGUUUGUGUUCCUUA